AUGUCAACUUCUAUUCCACCCGAAAUUUUUCAAAAUAUCUUUAAAGAUCUUGAUACGGAUUCAUUAUAUUCAGUUAUUCUGGUUAAUCGUAUAUGGUGUUCUAAUGCAAUUUCUAUUCUUUGGCAAAACCCAUUAGAAAUUUUAUAUCAAAAUGAUGAUAGUGAAUAUUUUGAAACAAAUGUUAAAUCAGUUAUAAAAACUUAUAUUUCUUGUCUUCCAAAAGAAUCUAAACUUAUGUUAUCUUUCACUGAUUUAUGUAUUGACUUAUUAACAUCAUCAAUUCCAACUUUUAAUUACCCUUCAUUUUUACUUACUUUAAAUUAUGUUUUAUUAUCUGAUUCUGUAUAUAGAAUCGUUAUAGAUAAUGCUAAUGUGAUGAUGGUUCUAAUUUUAUUAUGCAAAUUAUUCUUUGACAAAGGUUUUCACAUUAAAUCCUUUGAGCUUAGUACUCAUAUGAUAAAUAAUUAUAUGGGUUCACAUUUCAAGACAAUAUAUAUGAAUUUAAGAGAAAUACCUGGUGCAGAUAAUUUUCUUUCAAGAAUACAAAGAUUAUGUUGGCGAGAUGAUGCACCACUUUGCCUUUCCUCAAUAGCCGAAAUAGCAAAAGAAAUCCGUGUUUUAGAUAUUUUAUUGGAAUCUGGAUAUGAGAAUGAACAUAGUAGUAAUGAGUUAUUUACAUUGAUAAAUGCUCAAGUUAAUUUACAACAGAUCACAAUAACAUCUUUAAAAAAGACGAUAAAAGCCAUCUCGGCACUUCGGUCUAAAUCUAAUACACUUCGAAAGAUCUUUAUAAAAGGAAUUGUUUCCUUUUCAUUGGAUUUCUUUUAUGAAUGUUCAAAUCUUGAAGAAUUAUCUUUAUUAUAUAAUGAAUCACAUCUACUUACGAAUCCUCAAAUUUCCAGACAACUUCGAUCUGAAAUCCAAGGUUACAUACAAACUGGAAUUAUGGAUCGUACUCAAAUGUUACCAUCUGCACAAAUGGUUUCCGCUAUUCGUAGAACGGUGACAAGCAUACAAGAAACAAUGGUUCCUAGAAUUCAAGCAAAAACAGAAUCUUUAUAUUCUUCUAAAAUGAAUACAACAACAUCAUUUGGUUCUAAUUAUUCAAAUCUAUCUAAACUUACUGUAUUUGAAAUCAAUCUUGAUAGUUUUCAAACUACGGAACAAGUGAUUGAUAUAAUUCAAUGUAAUAAGGGUGGUCUUCGUGAAUUACGUGUUCAAAAAACCGCACCGAUAUCUGUUGAUCAUUUAAAGCAAUUAUUCUUGAUGGUUAUUAAUCAUUGUCCAAAUCUUAUUCAUGUCACGUUAUGUAUUCCAAACAUAGCAAUAUCUGAAAUUUCAAAUCUUUUUAAAAGAUGUUUAUUGCUUGAAGAAGUUUAUUUACGAGCAAUAAAAACAAUGGAUAUUAGUAAAAUCCUUGAUGAAAUGAAAUUGGAAGUUCCAAUUCAUUUAAAAUCUCUUAGUUUAGGAUUAUAUAGUUGGAAAUAUUCGUUUGAAGCUAUUAAUGGAUUCUUGAAUGAAUGUGAAUUAAGAGUAAAUAAGAAACCUAUUAGGUUUUUGUAUAGCAAUAAUUUGACUAAGGAUGUUAUUGAUGUGCUCAAGUUUUAUGAAUUAAAAGGGACAUUAGAUUUAGUAGAAAAGAAAUUAUGGUCUACAUAG